AUGGCUUACUUUGAGUAUUAUGCUGAAAAUUCAAUAACACCUGCAUAUACGUACCAAGAGUUCCCGCAGCACUUUGUGGGGGAUAAUAAAAAGUGGAAAAUUAGGCAACAGGGUUUCGCAAUUGCUAGAAUGUAUUUUGUUUCUCCCAGCGCAGGAGAAUUAUUCUAUUUGAGAUUGUUAUUGGUCGUUGUUGCAGGUGCCAAUUCGUUUGAGAAACUAAGAACAGUAAAAGGUGAAUUGCAUUAUACGUUCAAGAAAGCCUGCAUAGCACUUGGAUUACUAGCCGAUGACAGCGAAUGGCUAGAAUGUCUUAUAGAGGCCGUGGAUAUCCAAACAGGCAGCGAACUGAGGAAUCUAUUUAAGAUCAUCUUAUCUGAUUGUAACCCAACUGAACCAGAAAUAUUAUGGGCGGAGUUUGGCUUGAAAAUAUGCGAUGAUCUUCCAAACAGAUUGAAAACAGUGUUUGACAUUCCAAAUCCAACGGAUGAACAGACACUGGAUUAUGGAUUGUUUUUAUUGGAUAAAUUGCUCCGUGUAGGAGGUAAAAAACUAAAAGAUUUUUCUACAAUGCCGCGAUCGAAAGAAAAUUGGGGUAAAUUUUUUGGAAACAGGUUGAUAUGCGAACAUAGGCUACUUCAGUCUGCAAUAAAAGAACCAGAACUCCGGCGAAAUAUUGUAGGCUUAAACCCGGAACAAUUGUCGGCGUACACCACAAUAACAGAGUCUGUUGAUAAAAUGGAUGGCCGUAUUGCUUCAUUAUUUUUGGUGGGUGGUAGAACUGCCCAUUCAACUUUUAAGAUUCCGAUAGAGAUAAAUGAAGCCAGUGUCGGGACAGAACCAGAAGAAAAAAUUCAACUACCUUCAUCGGUAAAUAGAUGCAGAGACAUGAAGGAACUUAUAUGCAAGUUGUAUCCCCGUUUGUCCAAAUUGCAUCCCCAUUCAGGAACAUCUGGUCAGCUAUCAGAGGAAGAGCUGACUGAGAGAAUAAUUCUAUCAGCGCGUAAUGACGAUGUUAAUGAAAUAAACAUGGAAGUAUUGGAUAUUUUAGAAGGGGAAACAUUCACUUAUUUGGCUGCGGACAAAUUGAACCCAGACGAAAGCGGUAAAAUCCCAAAUUUCACUAAUGAAUUUCUACAAAAUUUGAAUCCGCCAGGGAUGCCAUUGUUCAAGCUACAUCUUAAAGUUGGUUGUCCAGUUAUCUUGAUGAGAAAUCUAGCUCCAUCAGAGGGUCUUUGCAAUGGUACUAGGCUGUUGGUAACUCAUUGCGGUAGACAUGUAAUUCAGGCGAAGAUUCUAACUGGGCACAAAAAAGGGGAGACCGUGUUGCUACCGAGAAUAUCGUUUCAACCAUCGGUUCAGAGUUAA